AUGGGUAACUUCUGUGAGCGAUCGAUGGCCAGUGUGGACCCGAGUAAUGACAUCUUGACGGAGGAGGAGCAUCGCUACGUCUUCGAGAAGGAGAUGCAAGCACAGGCAGCGAAGGCGGUACAGGAAGGAGGUGCGAAGGAAGUCCAUUGCGGGGCCUGUGGGAGAAACUUCGUGUCGAUGUGA